GUUAUUAUGAGAUGAAUAACAAUACAUAAAAGAAGAGAAAGAGGGAGAAAGGAGAUGGAGAAGAGUAUUGAUCAAAAGGAGCAAGAAAUAGUGUUGGUGGAAGAUGAGGAGGAUUUGGUGCUUCCGGGGUUCCGAUUCCACCCCACCGACGAAGAGCUCGUCGGGUUUUAUCUCCGUCGCAAGGUCGAUAAGAAGUUGCUGAGCAUCGAGAUCAUUAGACAGAUCGAUAUCUAUAAGUAUAGCCCAUGGGAUCUUCCAAAAGCUAGUACAGUUGGUGGGGAAAAAGAAUGGUACUUCUUCUGUUUGAGGGGACGAAAAUACAGGAACAGCAUCAGGCCCAACAGGGUCACUGGGUCAGGAUUUUGGAAAGCAACCGGGAUCGACCGGCCGAUAUACUCUUCAACCAAUAUCGGAGAGUGCAUUGGCUUGAAGAAGUCCUUAGUUUACUACAGAGGAAGUGCGGGGAAAGGUACGAAGACUGACUGGAUGAUGCAUGAAUUUCGCCUUCCCUCUAGCGGCAAAGACAAUGAUACUCACCCUAGCAUCCAAGAAGCUGAAAUUUGGACAAUUUGUCGAAUCUUCAAGAGAAACAUAUCAUUCAACAAGAAAUACCAACAAGAAUGGAAUGGAUCAAAUAGCAAGAAACGGAAACUAAUCGAAUGUGCUUCAACAACAAGCAGUUUUGAGUCUGUUAGUGUAGGAGAUCAGUAUAAGUUGUUUGGAGCCCACAACAAUCCACACGGCGAGGCGCCUAAGUUGGUUUAUAACAACUACACAGAGAGAGACAACGAAUCAUUCCAAGUACAAUAUUCGAGCGUUACUAGCCCAGUUGUAACAGAAAAUCACUCAUUAGCAACAGUGCAUAAUCCAAACUUUGCGAAUCCGGCGUCGAAUGAGUUCAUGAAAGAUGGCAACUGGGAUGAGCUUGGGAGGAUAAUGGAGUUCUGGACAGAUACAAACACAGCUUACUAACGUAGAUAAAUAUAUAUUUAGGAGAUUAUACUACAUAUGUUUUUUUUUUUUUUCUUCUUUCUCCCUUAAUUUCUGAUCCCAUAAGUAUGUAGUGAGAUCACAGCAUAGAUUAUAUACAACUGCUAAACUAGCGAGUAUAGGUAAUAAUUAAUCCCUCCAGGGGCAUAUCUCAUGCUGACAUUUAAUACUUCGAGUAUAAAUAGAAUAAGGUUCCCUUUUUGUGAAUUAUACAUGUGUGCUGGUACUGAUAUAAAUCGUACUGUGAGGCGCAAGUGCUUAUUUUGUUGAGGGACCAAACUUUGUCAAU